AUGCAUGCAAAUGAUGAACUACGAGCAGAUUAUUGCGAUUUGAGUGAGAAAUUGGCUCUGGCACGCAAGACUCAUGAAGACGAUCUCGAGAAACUUCGCUAUCUGGAGCAAAUACAAGCACAAGUAAAGAGCAGUCUCAAUCGCGCGAAGAUAGCCGAAAAAGCUGCGGCCGAAGCGAAAGCGGAUCGUGACCAGGCAGAAUUAGAGGCAGCGGAGUGUCGAAAACAAGCGGAACGGAUGCUCGAAAUCACAAACCAUUUAACAGACAAGAAUUCUUCGUUAACUUCGCAACAAGAGAUGCUGGAAACCAAGAAUUUGGAGUUGGCUAAACAAGUAAAAACUUUGGAGUCAUCGCUGUCAACGUAUGAAGGGCGCACGAUGGAACUGGAAGGAGAACUGCAUUUGCUCAAAAUUGAUAAUGAUGUGAAAGUUGGGAUGCUAAAACAGCAGAUCAUUGAUAGCAACACAAAAGAGAAGGAACUGAAUUUGGUAAUAAGCGAGCUGCGCGGUGAGUUGGAGGUAGUGAAGAAGAAAAAUGCCAGCACCCUGAAGGAACUCCGUGCUGAGCUGCAAUAUUUGCGCAAACUGCAGCUGCAAAAUUCAAAUCCAUCACCGCCGACUGCAGUUGUCGAGGAUACGCUGCCUCCUUCUGCGCACUGCAGUGAAAUAUACGUCUCAUGCAGGUCGGGAGCAUCAUCUGUAGCAUCAUCAGGUGAUCUGCCUACCAAUCCUGCUCCUCCUCCUCCUCCUCCGACGCGUAUAGACAUCCGUCACGGGGAACCUCAGCAGUCAACCAUCAUUUCACUACCAACAGAUGAAACAAGUCACGCCCAUCAGCAAAUGGUUGAGAAGAUUGUAAAACUGCAGCGGCAGUUGGCUCGACGCCAGGAUAAAAUUGAAUUCUUGGAAGAGCACGUCCGACAGUGCACGCAGGAAUUACUCAAGAAAACUAAGUGA